CCCGAGAGGCUCCGGGGGGGGUUUGAACUGGCCAAUGGGCGAGCUGCCGACCGGUUGUCGGAAAAGGAGGCGGAAGCGGGGAGGAGCCGCCGCGGGAGCCGGACUGCAUCCGCCGCGGCGUCUCCAUGGCACGACCCUGGCCUCCGACUUCAACGACUUCAUAAGGAGACGGUUCUGGGCGCAGCCGUGCCGCUCUUGGUUUCCAUCGUGUGGGAAGAACGGAGUAACGAGUCUCACACAGAAAAAAGUCUUGAGAACACCUUGUGGCGCACCCAGUGUAACUGUGACGAAAUCUCAUAAGCGCGGAAUGAAAGGGGACACCGUGAAUGUACGGCGGAGUGUCCGGGUGAAAACCAAGGUACCUUGGAUGCCCCCUGGAAAAUCAUCUGCCCGGCAUGUGGGAUGCAAGUGGGAGAAUCCACCUCAUUGCCUGGAGAUCACACCACCAUCUUCAGAAAAGCUGGUCUCGGUGAUGCGAUUAAGUGACCUUUCUACAGAAGACGACGACUCAGGUCACUGUAAAAUGAACCGUUACGAUAAGAAGAUUGACAGUCUAAUGAACGCGGUCGGUUGUCUCAAAUCUGAGGUCAAGAUGCAGAAAGGUGAACGCCAAAUGGCCAAAAGGUUCCUGGAGGAGAGGAAAGAAGAACUGGAGGAGGUAGCACACGAGCUUGCAGAGACGGAGCAUGAGAACACGGUGCUCAGACACAACAUUGAGCGCAUCAAGGAGGAGAAGGACUUCACCAUGCUUCAAAAGAAACACCUCCAGCAAGAGAAGGAAUGCCUCAUGUCCAAACUGGUGGAGGCUGAAAUGGAUGGAGCAGCUGCUGCCAAGCAAGUCAUGGCCUUGAAGGAUACCAUCGGGAAGCUGAAAACCGAGAAACAGAUGACUUGCACCGACAUCAACACCUUAACGAGGCAGAAGGAACUUCUCCUGCAGAAGCUGAGUACCUUUGAGGAGACCAACCGCACCCUCCGAGAUCUGUUGAGGGAACAGCACUGCAAAGAGGAUUCCGAGAGACUAAUGGAGCAACAAGGUGCAUUACUGAAACGUCUGGCAGAGGCGGACACAGAGAAAGCGCGCCUGCUGUUACUGCUGCAAGACAAGGACAAGGAGGUGGAAGAGCUCCUCCAGGAGAUACAAUGUGAGAAGGCUCAAGCAAAGACAGCGUCUGAGCUUUCCAAGUCCAUGGAAUCCAUGCGGGGGCAUUUGCAGGCACAACUUCGCUGCAAAGAGGCUGAGAACAGUCGCCUGUGCAUGCAGAUCAAGAACUUAGAGCGCAGUGGGAACCAGCACAAGGCAGAAGUAGAGGCCAUCAUGGAGCAGCUAAAGGAACUGAAGCAGAAGGGAGACCGAGACAAAGAGACCCUGAAGAAGGCCAUCCGAGCUCAGAAGGAGCGAGCUGAGAAGAGUGAGGAGUAUGCUGAGCAGCUACAUGUGCAACUAGCUGACAAGGACCUUUAUGUUGCUGAAGCUUUAUCUACUCUGGAGUCAUGGAGGAGCCGUUACAACCAGGUUGUGAAGGACAAAGGAGAUCUUGAGUUGGAGAUUAUCGUCUUAAACGACCGGGUGACAGACCUUGUAAACCAACAACAAAGCUUGGAGGAGAAGAUGCGGGAAGACCGGGACAGCUUGGUAGAAAGACUGCACCGGCAGACUGCUGAGUAUUCUGCAUUCAAGCUAGAGAACGAGAGGCUCAAGGCUAGCUUUGCCCCUAUGGAGGACAAGCUCAACCAGGCUCACUUGGAGGUCCAGCAGCUGAAGGCGUCAGUGAAGAACUACGAGGGGAUGAUCGACAACUAUAAGAGCCAGGUGAUGAAAACAAGAUUGGAGGCUGAUGAAGUGGCUGCGCAGCUAGAGCGCUGCGACAAAGAGAACAAGAUGCUUAAAGACGAGAUGAACAAAGAGAUCGAGGCGGCCCGUCGGCAGUUCCAGUCACAGCUGGCUGACCUACAACAGCUGCCUGACAUCCUCAAGAUCACGGAGGCCAAGCUGGCUGAGUGCCAAGACCAGCUGCAGGGCUACGAGAGGAAGAACAUCGACCUCACAGCCAUCAUUUCAGACCUGCGCAGCCGGAUCGAACAUCAGGGGGACAAGCUGGAGAUGGCGAGAGAGAAACAUCAGGCUUCCCAGAAGGAAAAUAAACAACUGAGUCAGAAGGUGGAUGAACUGGAGAGGAAACUGGAAGCCACCAGCGCCCAGAAUGUGGAGUUCCUACAGGUGAUUGCCAAGAGAGAGGAGGCAAUUCACCAGGCUCAGCUGCGGCUGGAGGAGAAAACAAGGGAGUGUGGGUCCUUGGCAAGGCAGUUGGAGAGUGCGAUUGAAGAUGCCAGACGACAGGUGGAGCAAACCAAGGAACAGGCGCUCUCCAAGGAACGAGUAGCCCAGAGCAAAAUCCUGGACCUUGAGACCCAGCUGAGCAGGACCAAGACAGAACUUGGCCAGCUUCGGCGGACUCGUGAUGAUGCGGAUCGCAGAUACCAGAGCCGGGUGCAGGAUCUGAAAGAUCGCCUGGAGCAGUCUGAGAGCACCAACCGAAGCAUGCAGAAUUAUGUCCAAUUCCUCAAGUCUUCUUAUGCAAAUGUGUUUGGGGAUGGUCCCUAUACAUCCUCCUACCUGACGAGCUCACCCAUCCGCUCCCGGUCUCCCCCGGCCUGAAGCCAGGUGUCCAGGGUAUGAAGCCCUUGCCUGAUGCCUGACAACUGUGUAGCAAACCAUAGCUGGCAAGCCCACUGGAUUUCAAAUGUGCUGAGAGUCUGUUCCUCAACUAAUGCCAGGAAGGUCCCUAGAGCAGCCAGGGAUGAAUCGGGAAGAAUCUGGCCAUCUUUCCUCAUCUGGGAACCUGGUGGAAUUCUCUAAUGAUCCUCACAGCCUUAGAUGUGCCACAUUACGUACCAGAUUUUUAAAUUCCUGUGACUUCCCAGAGUCUGCCCCUUUCCUCAGGGAAUGUUUGCACGGACUCCUUCCAGCCCUCCUUUUCAGGCAUUGCUGUCUUGCGUUUCUUUGAGCUUAAGUUGCAGGAGUCCUUCUCUGACUCAAUGCCUACAUUGCCUUUUCUUACCUUUUUAUUUAUUUUUUAUUUUAUUUUUUAAUAAAAGUAGAACUUUAUUUGUAUCAAGAAAUAGUGAAAACUAUUUAAUAGUAAAUUAGUAUCCGAGUCUAUUUU